AUGUACCGUGCAGUUGUUGUGUUUCUUCUAUUUGUAGUCGUGGCUUUGGCUACCUUCGAUGAUGAUAGACAGAAAAAAUGUAUGAAAAUUAACGCUAGUUUGAUGCGCUGUUGUACUUCUACGCAUAUAAGCCCGGAUAUGCUGUUCCUAUCUGAAAUUAAUGAGUGUUAUAGUAAACCAGCGCCUGUUUUUUCUUGUGAUCCAGAGGAAUGUUUGGCUAAAAAACUAGGAUACCACGGAGAAGAUGGCAAACUAGACACAGAAAAAUUUAUAACAUUCUUGGAGAAGAAGUUUGAAUAUGACCAACCUUUAAUGGACGCAAUAAAAGGCGUUUGCCUGAAUAUGGAUUUUUCGAAAUUAUCACCACCACUGUGUGAUUUCCUAGGAAUGAAUAUUUGUGUUUUUAUUCAAUUGAAAAACCUUUUCGAAGACUAUAUGGUGGCGGUGGGAAAAAAUGCGGCUGAAGACAAAGUCAAGCUUUCUCUUUUACGAAAUAUGAUGGGGCCAGAGGCAGCUCGUAUUUUACAGACAUUGCCCAUAAAAGAUGAAAAUGCAGAAAAGUAUACAAAUGUAAUCGACGCGAUAAAAUUAUUCGUAUCACCGCAAAUUAAUAAUAGCUUUGAGCGGUUUAAAUUCAACGAGAGAAAACAACGAUAUGGUGAGCCAUUUGAAAUGUUUCUCACAAAUUGCAGAGAGCUUAUUAAAACAUGUGAGUACAAUGUAACAUCAGAUUCGGAGCCCUUAGAAAAUCAGAUUCUUCGUGAUAAAAUCGUGCAUGGAGUGUAUGACAAAGCUAUUCAAGAAAAUCUUUUACGAAUUGAAAAUUUAACAUUAGAGAAAGCCAUUCAUUACUGCAGGACAUCUGAACAGAGUAAAAAACAAGUACAGCAAAUGAAUACAAGCACCGCAGUAGAAGUGGACGUGUUGAAAAAGACGAUUAACAACACAUUUUCAUGCAUGAGAUGCCAGAAACAACAUGGUCCGAGACAAUGUACAGCAUUCGGGAAGCGUUGUUCAAAAUGUGGGAUACUCAAUCAUUUUGCAGUCAGUUGCAGAAAGAUACCCCAACAUGCCAAGAAAGUUAAAGAAGUAAAAUUUGAUGAGAAGCCCGAUGACACCAGCAGUAGUGAGGAGUUGUUUUGCGGGAUGACCAAAUUCAAGGAUACCUGCUCCAACGAUUGGUUGUGUGGCGCUGAACUUGGUAAAAAGAGUUUUUAA